AGCAGAAGGGACAGGGACGGGAGUGGUGGUCCUUGCCUUUCUGGCUCCACAGAUGGAUGGACGGACGCCAGGGAGGAGGGAGCUGAGCCCUGUGGGAUGAGCAGACUGUGGCCUUUGUGUCCCUCCUCCUGCCACCUCCCACAGCUGCAGGACAGGCGCAGUGUGUGUAAUGUGGUAGAGCUGCCCUGACAGCAUCAGCCCCGGGCCACCGACGCCCUCACUCCUUCAGACACAGGGCAGGGCGGCAAGGAGGCUGCGUGGAAUCUGCGGGAAAGACUCCAGAACUUUCAGGGAGUCCUGGUGGGACAGCUGGGCUGGCCGGGGCAGCCGUUCGCACGAGUGGCCACUGGAGGACACACAUGACAAAGGGGCACCAGCUACCCCGCCUCUCUUCCCUCUGGGCCCCUGCAGUCACGGCCCUGGAGAAAAGGCCACUGCUGCUGCUGACCCUCGUCCUGGGCCUGGCCAGUGCCCAGGAGACUCUAGAAGAAGUGCCAGUGCAGCCAGCCUUCGAUGCCCAGAAGGUGGAGGGACGCUGGCUGACCGUCCAGCUGGCCUCCAGCCACGCACACCUGGUGUCCCCAGACGACCCCUUGAGGCUCGCUCUCCAUUCCAUCCGCAGCCGGGACGGGGACCUGGAGCUCAUCUUAUUCUGGACAGGAGAGGGGGUGUGCGAAGGCGUAAACGUCACCAUCCAUCCAACUGGGCUCCAAGGCCAGUACCAAGGCUCCUUUGAGGGAGGCGGCAGCAUGCACGUCCGCUUCGUCAGCACCGACUACAGCAACCUCAUUCUUUACGUCCGCUUCGAGGACGACGAUGAGACCACCAGCCUGUGGGCGCUGCUGGCCAGAAGAACGGUCGGGGACCCCGCAUGGCUGGGGAAAUACCUCGAGUAUGUCGCAGAAUUCCAGCUGCAAAAAGCCCCUGUCUUCAACCUCGAUGCCCAGUGCCCCCCACCUGAAGCCUAGGUGGGCCCAGCCCCUGCGUCUUCCUGCUGCCUCCCUUCCCGCCCUGCUGCCCUCGCCGCCCUCUCCCAGCCUUCCCCACAGCUUGCCCAGGGGCAUUCUGAACUCCUCUGCCACCCGAAGAAGCCCCUCCAGCCUGGGCCCGGACCCUGCCUCUCUGUGCCCCAUUCCCAGCCUCUCCUAGCCUGGCCCACGGGCUUGAGCACACCCUGGAUGGCGAGGAGGGGACGGGUGGUCCCCCAAGCUCCCGGCAGCAGUCAGCACAGCGUUACAGUCCAGCAGAUGGAGUCACCCUCUGUGUCCUUCAGGGACGGCUGUGAGGGGCCGGGCUGGCACUCCUCUGACCUGCCUUCACCUGCAUCCUGCUCUGGGGCGGCUCCAGAGAGGUGCUCUGGGCUCCGUGAGCCAGCACAGCACGUCCCUGCCCAGGUCAGAGGGGCCCUGAGUGGCCGCAGCGCCAGCCCAUGCCUCCAGAAGAGCCAGGCGAGCACAGGCCUGUGUACCUGCCCAGCAGGUGAGCUGUGACGGGUCACCGCCCUCUGCUCAGAGCCGAGGUGGGGCUGGGGCCUGGGUGGAAGUUACCAACCGCUGCCCAGGCGGCCACCCACCAGCAGGACAGGCUCUUAGGAAACUGGGUUGGGGCCUUGAUACUUAUCGUCUGGAAAUGUCAGAGACAGGUGUGACCAGGUCCUGCCCAGAAUCGUCCUCAGCAAGGGCAAGGCCCCCGGGAGCCCACACCUCAGCGAGGCGACUUCCACUGCUGCCAUGGCCAGCCACGCGAGGCCAGCAUGAUGGAGCGAACCGAUUGGCCACCUGCGUGGCUUCCACCUGCAGCGCACGCACAAGCUGGGGGUGAGCAGGUGCUUAGAGCGCAAAAGCUUUCCUGGGAGCCAGCAAACCCAAUCAGAAAAACAUAGCGGACAAUUAUGACCACAAAGCACACACUCCUGUAGUCAGCGAGCAGCUGCGGAAUUCGCAUGGAGAGACUUAAGCACAUCUCCUUACUCUGCGACCCUGAAAACUGGCUUGAAUAAUAAACAUGUGAGAUCCCUGCAGAAUCAUCACACUGUCGAUACCUAAUAAUCUUCAAAUUAACCUAUACAUUUCAAACAAGCAAUCAAUAUUCCAACGGGAUGUUUUCUCCCAAGUGCAAACUGGAGUCUAAAAUCCACAGGAAAGAAUAAAAACUUUGAAAUCUUUUAGAGAGAAGAGUAACGCAAAUCGGUCUACCAUUCCACCAUAACUGAUAUGAAAGUACAGGGGUUAAAAUUGUGUGGCAUUGGCUCAGGGACAGAAAGAAAGGUCAGUGAAACCGGAUAUAAAGUCAAGAAAUGAACACAGGAAGUACAAUAACUUCACAGAUUACACAGAUAAUCCAUCUUACAAAGUAUUGUUUAUUCCAUAAAUCGUAUUGGAGGAAAUGGCCAAGAUAUUUGGAGGAAAAAAAUAAGGUUAGAUCUCUAACUCUGCACAUUAUCUUAGAAUUAAUUCCUGAUUAAUUCUGAGUAAAAAGAAAGCUUGAAAGUUCUAUAAUAUCUAUAACAUGGGGAUGUCAACACCACAGAUGUAGAUAUCGAGGGAGAAGACGGUAAUUGUGAAAACCUUGGACUUCGGUCCAUCAAAAACAUCACCAACAAAAUGAAAAUACAAAGGACAACCUGAAAUUAAUGCUUUCAACAAUGGUGACCAAGGGUGCACAUCACAUCCGUGGGUCUAUUUACAUCACAGCUCAUCUGAGGACAGAAGGACACUGUGUCAGAACCACGAGCAAGAGAUGCAGACCGGUCAUCUGCACAC